AUGGAGUGGAUGCAGUCGCGUGACCAGCUUCUGCACGGCUCGGCGCCCGCCUCCGUGCCCGCCUUCAAGCUCGUGGACUCCAGCAACCGCGUGCGCGAGCUCACGGACCCGCUCAAGCGCCAGUUGGGCGCGUCCACGGCCUUCUACCAGGCCCCGAUGAGCGACGACGGAUUCUCGGCCGCCGAGCUCGAGGAGCAGCGCCAGCUCGAGCAGCAGCUGCAGGUGCAGAAGGAGGAGAUGUGCUUCAUCUCGCCGCUGCCGCGCCCCGACGCCGGCCGUCUGCGCGUGCCCACCACGUCGCACGCCUUCACAUACGGCGGCUCCAGCUCGUCGUCCAACCUGCACUCGACGCCCCCGCUGGCCCCGCCCGUGUCGCCGUUCGCGAGCAUGGCGCUGUCGGCCCCCGCCGCUCCCAUGGGCAAAGCGCACAACCCGUUUCUGUCUGCCAAGGUGGAGAAUAGCCCGCGCUUGCCGUCGCUUAAUGCGAUCCGCAACUCGCCCGGGACCCACUUGAAGUCGCUGGGUAUUGCCGCGCGUCCGCCGCCACUAUCGCUGCGCUCGUUCUCGGAUGUGUCAACGCUGUCGUCGUCGUCCCAGUCGCCGUCCCCAUCGCCCUCGCCGCUCCACCAGCCUCAGCUCCUGCACCAGCACCACCCGAAGGCCCCGUUGCGUUCUCUGUCGAACUCUUCGCUGUCGUCGGCGGCCUCCACGUCACCGAUGUUGUACUCGCAGUCGCUGCCGGGCGUGUCGUUCCUGCAGGAGAGGAGACGCUCGCGCAUGUCGUUCGACGGUGCCGACCGUAUGUCGAUUUCAUCCGAGGACGAGGACAGCGGAAUGCGUCUGCUCAGCUCAAGCGUGGGGCGCAGUGAAGGCAGCAGUGACGCCAUGACGGCGGCGGCGAACGCCGCGGCUCAGGCCGCGCUGAACAACAGUAACGCGCGCAGUGGACGUGUGUGCAGAUAUGCGAAUUGCAGUAACAUUGCUCGCUCCCGCGGCCUGUGCCGCACGCACGGAGGUGGCAAGCGUUGCUCGCACCCUAACUGCAACAAGAGCGCGCAGGCGAACCGCAAGUGCAUUGCGCACGGUGGAGGCACUCCCUGCUCGUUCGAAGAUUGCGAGAAGACUGCGCAGUCGCGCGGCCUGUGCAAGGCCCACGGUGGUGGCGCACGGUGCAAGCACCCGGAUUGCCCCAAGAGCAGCCAGUCUAAGGGCUUGUGCCGCGGCCACGGUGGCGGCAUUAAGUGCAAGGCGGAGGGCUGCGAGAAGUGGGUGCAAAAGAACGGGUACUGCAUCAAGCACGGCCGCGAGCGCGCGAUGACCUCCUGA